CGAUCUCCUGAACUUGGCGCGUUCUGCUCAUGGACAGGAGGCUCUGCCUUUAAAAGCGGACAGUCAGAGCAGAGGGCUUCCCGUCUGAAACACGUUAACUUCAACCGAGAAGCGUUUGACUGAGGGCACAUCACCGACCAUGAGUUCUUCACGCGGCGUGGGAUUUUGUUUGAUGCUUUUACUCGCUCUUCUGUGCGAUGCAUCGGAAGACCCUACUGUCCAAAAGGAAGUUACUGACCAGGUGGUUCAUAAAGAUGGCCUUCAGCGAGAGUUGCCACCUAACCCUGAGGGGCUGAACGUUUUGAUUAUGCAGGGUCUUAUCGUCCCUGAACUUUCCAAAGUGAUUGGCUCUUCAGACGUGACCCAGGAAGAAGUCACAAACGUUCCCUCUGAGACUGUCCCAAUAGAUCACCCAGUGUUUGGCCCUCGCUUCAUAGCACCAGUGGUUGAUUUCCCCCCAGCCUGUCCAAAUACCGGCAACCUGCAAGAUAUCUGUCAGUUCAGUAAAGCUCCGGUCCGGUACCCUAAGGACAUGUUUCCUCUGGAUGGCUUUGGCUGUGAGACUCGACAGGCUGAUGCUAUCAAUCAACUCCAGUCCUGGUACGUUGUCUGCUGUGGCAUCAAUGGAACACAGGAAGAGAAAAUCUGUUGUGCUGAGCAAGCGUGGAAGAAGAGUCUGGCUGCCUACUGUUUUCAGGAAUUCUCUGUUAAGACCAGUCACUAUGUCUGCUGCAAAAUGAGCGAGAUGGCCAGAUGGAGCUGUUUUGAUAAAAGGGCUUCAAAUACUACUUAUAACGUCUCCUCUGUGGUCUCCUAUAACGUCUCCUCCGUGGUCUCAAAUGGCAAUGGUCCACAAAAGAGUCAAGACUUCAAAUAUAACUCCAGCGCUUGCAAAGGCUCAUCUGAGGCUUCUCCAGGAGCACUUACGGAGCAGACCGAAGCUCUGUACAUCAGCUUUCCACCUGGCCUUCCUGAUUCCUCCAACAUCGCACAGAUCUGUGCUCCACACAAGACCCGACCACGAUACAUGCCCAAACAUCUUCCUAACACUGGCUAUGAAUGGCUGAUCCGUCAGUCGAACGCCAUCAAUGUCCUGGAGAGAGAAUAUAACCAGUGCUGUGAGGAGGAAAAGGGCAAGCAACUCUGCGCUGAGAAGAAGUGGAAGAUGAUGGUUGAUGAGUUUUGUAAGGAUGAUAAGAAAGCCGAAGGACAGCAGUUUGAGUGUUGUGCAAAGAAUAAGGAAGAAGAGCAGUACUCCUGUUUUGCAACUUCUGCCCCAGAUCCAGGAUAUAUGUCCACUGAUGGAGCUCUCCGCCCUUCUGCUCCUCCUCCAGCCCCCAAGACAUGAUGUGAUCCACAUACAACUGUCCAGGGCAUGGAAGACCCGCUUCACUCAAACUU